UUCAGGAGUUCAGGUAGAGUUUGCCGUAGAGAAAGUAAUGAGAGUCGUCAUGGAGUUGUUUUGGGGACUUUUUAGCGUUAUUUUCAUUCUGUUUGGAUAUAGUUCGGCUCAAACAAGUCAGCAACCAGAACAAGUACAUCUAUCAAUGACAAAUAAUGUAACAGAAAUGGUUGUUACCUGGGUAACCAUGGACCUUACUACAGACUCUAUUGUUGAAUACAACAAGAAGGGUGGACCACUAGUCUUGAAGGCAACAGGAAGUGUAGAUAAGUUUGUUGAGGGGUCUUCAGCUCAUCGUACUAUGUAUAUGCACAGGGUGAAACUAACAGACCUGGUUCCACAACAAUCAUAUGACUAUCACUGUGGAGGGUCAGGUGGUUGGAGUCCAGUCUUUUCCUUCACUGUCAGACCAGCUGGUGCUAAUUGGAGUCCUCGACUGGCAUUGUUUGGUGAUAUGGGGAACAAAAAUGCCAGAUCAGUGCCAUUCCUUCAAGAAGAAACACAACAAGGACAUUUUGAUGCCAUUCUUCAUGUUGGUGACUUUGCCUAUAAUAUGGAUACUGAUGAAUCCAAGGUAGGCGAUGAGUUUAUGAGGCAAAUAGAGCCAAUCGCUGCAUAUUUACCUUACAUGACAUGCCCUGGGAACCAUGAAUAUGCAUAUAAUUUCUCCAACUACAGAGCAAGGUUUACUAUGCCUUUGUUUGGUAAUAAUCAAAACAUGUACUACAGUGUUAAUAUUGGACCAGUUCACCUAAUCAGCUUUUCAUCUGAAUUUUACUUCUUCUGGAAAGAGGAAGGCAUGGAAAGAAUUCCAGAGCAGUAUGCAUGGUUAGAAAAAGACCUCAAGGAAGCAACAGCACCAGAAAACAGAACCCUUCGUCCAUGGAUCAUCACCAUGGCUCAUCGUCCAAUGUAUUGUUCUAAUAAUGACMGGGACGAUUGCUCAGAACAUGAGAGUAUUGUGCGUACAGGUAUUGGUGAAAAUCACAAGUGGGGCCUGGAAGAUUUAUUCUAUAAAUAUGGUGUUGAUUUGGAGAUCUGGGCUCAUGAGCAUUCCUAUGAACGUUUGUUUCCCGUUUACAAACGACAGAUUUGCAAUGGCAGUCUUGAAGCACCUUACACCAAUCCUUGUGCUCCUGUUCAUCUUAUUACUGGUUCUGCUGGUUGUUCUGAAAAUCAUGAUCCUUUCCGAAAUCAUUAUGGUCCCUGGACRGCAUAUCGGUCAACAGACUAUGGGUAUACACGUAUGCAAGUACACAAUGGUACCCACAUUUACAUGGAACAGUUUAGCACUGACAAGCAAGCAGUUAUUGACAAGUUGUGGUUAAUCAAAGAAAAGCAUGGCUAUUGAACAUUGUCAAUCAAUCACAACAAAUCAAUAUGUGCAUAAUUAAUUGGCUACAAUUGUCAGUAUUUAGGUUUCAUUGGUUCUCUGUUAGAAAAGCAACAAUCGACAGGUGAUCAUGCAUAAUAUAUAUAUAGAAAAAAAUCGGAACAAUAUGGGGAAACAAUUGUUUGCACUUUUGCUAUGAAAUAUCUAAUAGUUGAUAUACCUCAUCUUAUUUUGGGACUGUUAUUAUAUAGUCACUAUCACUCAAUUUGAACAGUCUUAUCAAUAAGUAUGGUACACAAGGGAAAUUGAAUACAAAAAAGCAAUUCAUAAAAUGUUUGAGAUGAUUUAUUGGUAAGAGAACAGAUUUGGUUUCCAUCUGAUCCAACCAUGUUUACAUCAAAGAACAGAGUCAUGACCAUUAAUGGUUCAAACAGGUAUUAGUGAAUAAAGGGGAAUCAGUUAUUGUAAUAUUUCAGUUUCUUGAAUAAUUAUUAAUUAGCAUAUUUUUAUGAAAAAACAAUAAAACAAAAAUAAAAAAUUAUUUUUUAUCAUGCAAUGUUUAAAAAAAUUAAUAUUUUGAUGUAGUUGUUGUUGAAAUGUAUUUAGUGUCUUCAUUAUUACAUGUAUUAUUAUUAUUAUUAAAGCUACAGUACUUGUAUGUAAAUGUUUAGGUGUUGAUUAUACAAUCUUACAACGUAAAUUGCUCAUGUCUGAAUGCCAAAUAUAGAUGAGUGAAAGUCCUUUCAUAAGAUUUUGAACCCUUAUAUAAUUCAAGCCCAAAGCUACAAUUUCAAAAGUAGGUACUUGGAAAUAUAAGAAAAAGAUAUUAAAAUAAUUGUGGCAAUUUGAGAUAUUUCCUGAGUAUAAAUUGAAGAGACUUGAAUAAUUGAGGAUGCCAGUCCUGAUCACAACUGUAGUGUAAAAAAACUGCUAGCAGCAAAGUUUUGUUAAUUUUGUACAACAGACAAAAACAUUAAAUAAAGUAUAACGCUAAGCAA